AUGGCAAUCACUCGGUCAUCUUCAUCCCCUUCUCCAGUUCUCAAAAAAAAAUCAAAAAUGGGCAAGAAAUCUUUGGCCAACAAAUCCAAGGGUAAACGCCCAAUCAAUGAUGAUUUUGAUUCUGAUUUUGAAGCUCCCAUGCCGAAGCGUGUGAGACCCCAUUCUUCGAAGAAAUCGAAGCUGAACUUGGAGGAGCCCACGCUUCCAGAAAUUUCUGGGAAAAAAUUUCAAAAAUCUAUUACACAUGCUGAAGAUCGGACUGAGGUUAUGUGUUUUGUUUUCGUUUUUGGUGUUUUCAAUCAUUCUUCGGUAGUUUCUUUUCAGUUUUUUAAUAGUUUGUUACUGUUUGGGCAUUUUCUGGAUAUGCCUGAGUUUGUUUUUCACCCACAAGUCGUUCAUAGUUUAUUACUAAGGGAAGUUUUACAGCCUAAUCCUAAGGAGUUUUGGGCUAAGUGUUUUCUUCUUAGCAAUACUCCUGACAAAGAAGUGUCUAGGUUUGUUCUAGAUGUAGUUGAUAGCGGUCGGUGGGAUGAGUAUUGUUGGGGUAGGGAAUCAUUUGAAUUGACAAUUGACUCAUUCAAAGGUAGGAUUGAGCAUGGGAUCAUUAUGAAAAAUAGAAAGAGAGUUUCAUCUUCUAUUCCCGUGAUUACGAACCGGAGCAACACCAUCGUCACCAAAAAUCCAACCCUUCGAGACUUGAAGGGCAAGAUUUUUGAUUUACCUUUGGAGAAGUUGAAGAUAAAAAACAUGCGUCCUACUGAUGAAGAGAGGCAGCAGCUUCAACUUGACGGUCUAUUUCUCGAUGAAUCUAUUGAUGAACGUGGUGUAGCGAAGCAAUCCUUCGAGGGUGGCUCAUCUUCAAAGAAGUCUGAUUCAGCAGAUAUUGAUUGGAUGAAAUCUAAGCUGGAGAUGCUCAGUUCGAAUCAAUCAUCAUUGGCCGAGGACUUCAUUUCGUUGAGGUGUUUUGUUGAUUUUAAUUUCAAAUCCGUAAUGACUGUAAUUAAGGAUAUCCAAGAGAAGGUUAAUGCCAUUCAUCGUCGUCCUUCUGACGAGGGAAAGUCAUCGGAUGAAUUAGUAACUCAAGAUUCUGAUGAUGAUCCUGAUGAUGAUGAUGAUGAUGAUGAUGCCGAGGAUGAUGAGAAGCAAUUGCCUGAUCCAGAAAAUAUUGAUUCCGACUCCGACGAUGGUUGUGAGUUGGUUAAAGUUGGUGGGGAUGCUGAUGAUGCUGACAAGGCUGUUACUGCUGUCCCUUCUGCUGAUGUGAAUCCUUCUGAGGAUGUUGGAGGGAGUGAUAAAAAUGUUAAGGAUGUUGAGAAGCCGAAGGGCGAUGAGUCUCGAUUGAAGGGGGACGAUUUCUUUGAUGGGUUGAGCCAGCUUGUAAUAGAUGAUGAUCAAGUUGUGUUGGCUGGCUUGGAGGCUGUUGCUAAAAUCAAUGUAAGUUUACUUUUAAUUGUUUUCAAAAAAACUAGGUUUCUUUUUGGUUGCUCAUUAGUUUCUAGUAUGUUUUGCAACUGUUUUAAUGCAUUCUUUAUUUUUUAGGUCUCCGCACCCAAUCCAGAUGUUGUUGGUGAAAAGUCAGAUGCCCUUCAUACUGAUGAAGAAACUGAGGAUACUGUCUCUGAUACACCUCUGUUGGAUAAGAGGAAGCGUGCUCCGGCCUUGAAAUCUCCAUUUGUUGAU